AUAACAGAGAUUUUUACAGCUAGACUAUGUUUUUAACAAUUUCUGUCCGCUGUAAACAACUCAUUUCCAUGUCCAAGUUAAGCAGUACAACGAACAUCUAGGUCAGGCAGGUAGAGCUCGCAUUAAUUCAGAUUUGCUGCAAGGUUCUCUCCGAGUGGGUGGCUCUCAGUGCAAUGACGAAGGCAGCAGACACGAUACAGAGGCUGGAGCAGCAGAGAGAGAGAGGGGUGAGCUUUUUCCAAUCAGUAGUCGGGAGGGAAAGGUGCUCGAAAGCGGGUCAAGGAUUCGUACAGAAAGCGUUGGUGUGGCUGCACCGGGCCUCACUCCUGAAACUGGGAUGACUGAUAUAGAUGAGUAAUCAUUAGUGCCUGCACCACAAACAUCUCUGGAAUUGCUGCUGCAAGCACACUGCAAUCAUGGACCCUCAGGGUAAAAGCGUGUUUCUUACGGGAGGAGCUCAAGGCCUGGGUCGCGGUAUCGUGGAAAAGUUAUUGUCGCUUGGAGCGAAGGUGUUGUUCUGUGAUGUCGAUGUUGAGAGAGGGAAGGCUACAGAGUCCGAGCUACAAACACAAUAUGGCGCCGACGUCGUCUUCUUCCACCCGGCCGACGUCUCGGAUGACGAGCAGCACAAAGCGGCGUUUGGAAUGGCAGUGUCCAAGUUUGAAACUGUGGACAUCUGUGUCAACAAUGCUGGAAUACUGAACGAGAGUAACUGGGAGAAAGUAAUGGCAAUCAACGCGGGGGCGGUCAUCCGGGGCAGUCUGCUAGCUCUGGAGCACAUGCGUCGUGACCGCGGAGGUCGUGGUGGGGUCAUCAUUAACGUCGCGUCUAUUGCAGGUCUGAAUGUAAAUCCAGCGUGUCCGACUUAUUGUGCGUCCAAGCAUGCUGUGAUCGGCUUUACUACCAGCUGGGCUAUGAGUCCUGGUCAGAAGGACCAUGCCGUCCGGUGGUGUUGUUUGUGUCCAGACGCCAUGGAGACCUCAAUGCUUAAAGUGACGGAUAUCCAUUACCCAGAAAUGCUCGAAGAGUAUCUAAAAGAUAAUGGAGUUAUGUCGGUCUCCCAGGUAGCAGAUGCAGUCAUGAAACUGAUACAGGAUCCAGACAACAAUGGCGCCAUUUUGGAGGUGACUCUGAAGAAGGGGGCGCGUUACCGGCGAAGGCAGGUUGUGGACCGUGACGGUGUUAAUGACCUCGUGAUUAUGGACACGUACUGAGGGACCAACAAAGCUCCUACAAAGUGAGAUACUGAAAUCGAAGAACCAGUAUAAUAAUAUACACAAAGUUUUAGAUUGGACUGGAACCAUUUUAUUAUGUAGUACUCUGAUGUCUCAAUUAGAGUAUUGUAGCUAUGGCAAAAGUUUUCUUCAUUGUAUUUAGUGGUGAUGCUUAUUCUAAACCGUUACUUUUAUGUAGUUUCGACAUAUAGCUCAAUUCAGAAAGCAAUAACAAUUUAUUUAUACUUAUCGCUAUAUACUACUGGUAUCUUUGAUCUGCGUGUAUUUAAAGGCUGCAUUAUUCCUUUAAUAUAUAUCCUACUUCACUUUCAUAGUAUUUAUAGCAAUAAAUCUUUACGUAGAGAUACUUCUUAACUCUUUUUCAAUGUCUGCAAUUUAUCUCACUCCAAUGUGCAGAUAAAAGAAAAACAAAACAAAAAAAAAAAACUUUAUUAAGGGGAAGCAACUCGACUAUCCGUGACGCUGUUUAUUACCUACCUUAUCUUAUAUGCGCUUGCUCGUUUGGUCUACACCUAAACCUUACAAGCUUCUUGACUAGAAAGUUGAAGAUCUGUCUUACUUUUGAGAAAAAUGUAUGUUUUUUAUAUGUGAAAUGAUUACUUUUGAGCAAAGCAUAAUAACUUUUAAGUAUAUAAAAGAAUAAUAAAAU